AUGGUCGUCUCCACGCGCUCUUUUAGCGGGAAAACCAAAACACGAGGAGAACCUCUCUUAACCUUUUCUCAGUGCGUGUUCCUGAUUUCAUUGGUGAACGUACUCGGGAAACUCGCGGACGUUUUAAUCUUAAUCCUCGGCCAAAUGCCCACGGUGUUGCUUCUCUUAAACGCGAACGACGUGAACUUAACCAUCGCCUCGGCGGCCAACAUGCCGUUCUACUCGUUCAUUCUCAUCGGAGUGGUGCGAAGAGUCAUCGAGGAUUGUUUAUACUUCUUCAGCGGGAGAUGGUACGGGAAAGAUAUCGUCGCGUAUCUCACCAAAGAGAACAGACGGAGUAAGUGGUUGAAAGUGAGCAAAGCGAAAGUGCGCGAAAGCGAACGCUUGAUGCGCCAAUACGGAGUCGCCAUUUUACUCGUCUUACCGGGAGCGUUGACGUGCUUCGCGUACGGAAUGGCAAAAAGAGGCAGUCGGAGGCGAACGUUUUUGUUUUUAGAUUCUUUAGGCGCGGCUCUGCGGGUGGUUUUGUUUCGAGUGGCGGGGAAAGGCGCGAAGAAGGCGCUCGGGUUGAGCGCGGUGCGAUACCUCGCGGCGGUAGGGAUGAAAUAUAAAGAGCUCGCGAUGACAGUUGGCGGGACAGUUUUGGCAGUCAUAGGGGCUGGAGUGUAUUACUACUUUUACUAUUAG